AAUAAGCAGCUGCCACUUUUAAAAGCUUUAAAAACACAACCUGCAAAAUCAGCAAACUUACUAUGGGAGAUCUUCAGAAAGUUCUUGACAGAGGAGAAUAUAUUCCCUUGAAAUCUGCUCCUGUGUUUGAGAGUAAAUUUGUUCAGGUAAACAGGAGAGGUGGAUCAAUUUACCUUCAUAAUCGUCCCAACUAUGUGACUAUGGGCAUAUGUGCCUCCAGCACAAAAUUGUCAUUACCAAAUGUGAUGCUGCUUGCCCAUUCAUCCCCCUAUUCCUCCAAAGAAGACAUUUCAGCCUGUCCAUCAUCUACCCAGCACUCAUGUUCUAAAGAUGAACUAGUACUCACCAGGUUUUUGCCUUUGAAGUUUGUAGACCUUUCCGUUCACUCUGCUAAGAAGAGACGGAUCAAGCUUAAGUUGGUGAACGGUCGUGCCUAUUACUUAGAACUCUGUGCUCCACCAGAGAAGCAGAGUGACUUAUUCUCUCAGUGGGUGCAGCUCAUCAAUCUGCUGAAAUCUAAAUCCAAAGGGUCUUCAGUUAACGCUCUUUAUAAGGAAUUUGAGACCCAGGAGGAAAAUAGAGCCAUCAGGAAUAAAACAGGAAUACAAGGAAAAAACACAAUAGAGCCUCUUAAAAAUCAACCAACCAGUCAAGAGUCAGCAGAACUCAUUAAGAAAGCAUCUUCCAAGCGUGUCACCUAUUCAGAUAUUGUGGGUUCUAUUGAAACAUUUCAGAACAAGAGCCGAACAACAGUUUCUUCUGACAGCUACGUGAAACAGCCCCACGCAGACUCAGCGAAACAAAAUAAAUUUAGUCAAGAAUUAAUGGGAACACCUAUCAGAAAGAAAAAAUCUAGGGGACGAGAACAUUUUCCCAGAAGCGAAAAAAGACUGCAAACUUCAGGAAUCCUAAAAAAUAUCAGUCAGUCUGAACUACUUUAUUACAAGUAAUAUUGAAAAAAAUGUGCUGUCAUAUAAAUGAUAUGAAAAGAAACUAAGCUGAAGAUGCCAAGUGAAAGAAGAAACAAGGUGAUCAGAUGGAAAAUUGAGAGAAAUUCACAGACUGUACAAUUGUUCUCUUCCAGUAUAUUAAACUAUUGAAAUAUUAACAUGCAUUUAGUUUUUUUAAACAUUUUACCCACAAGAAAGAAAGAAAAACAGGUGUACCUGAAUACUACUGUUAAUCUAUUCUGAUUUUUUUUAUUAUUUAUCUACAAAAUACAGAAACUAAAAAAGCAAAAAUGCAAAAGAAAAUCAGACAAAUUAAACCAGACUUCCUUCACAAAAGAGUGUAUAAACUACUAUUUU